AUGCGGGUGGGAUUUAUUUUGCUAGGUGCUAUUGUCCUAGUCGGGGCAGCACGCCUUGGGGACAAGGAAGGUCUGCAAGGAUUUCAUCAUCUGAAGGAUCUGAAGCCUCUGGGUACUGAGUUCGCCGACUACUUUCAGAAUGUAACGCUGAACGAUUUGAGUCUUUUUGACUCCCGACUACCAACUCAGGAGGAUCUUUUGUGCCUUAGUGACAUGUCCAAGCUUAUGACGGCUCUACAAGGCGGUCAAUAUUGGGCUUUGAAAAUGAUUGAUGCCUGGGGCUCUAUACCUUCUGGUAUUUUAAGUGGAAACUUAUACGACUUGGGAAACUUCGACGAGUGUAUCAACAUCGAAAAGGAGAACAUUCGUGGAAAGUAUUGCUUUCUAACAGCAUCACCUAAACAAUUUCAGGGACUUUCCAUUACAACCGCAACUUGCUUUCCGGCUUCUUGCUCGGCCUCCCAUAUGAACAAGUUUUUGGCUCAGUUGACGAAGAGGGUACUAAAUUUGAAUAUUACUAACUCAUUAAUGAGUAUCAGCGACAGCACUUGCCAAACAAAUGAAAGCGAACCCUGGGAUGGUCUUACUAUUUUCGCAAUAGUCAUCUUAUCACUGAUGGGCUCUGUCGUAGCUUUCCUAACGCUGUAUGACUACUUUUUCUGCAAGAAUCAAGAUCAACUUCCUAUAUUAUUAAAGGUUUUUUCGGCUAGGGCCAACUCACGUACAAUUUUUCGCAUCGUGGAAAACAAGUCAAACCCAAAUGUAAUCGACUGCCUUUCUGGAAUUCGUUGCAUGUCCCUUUUCUGGGUGGUUUACUGCCACGAGUAUGUGACCCAAAUGUCAUCAGUAAAUAUUAAUUAUUUUGAAGUCCUGCAGUGGGUGCAAAUGCCAUUCUCCAGCUUUAUUGUACAUGGCUUUUACUCAGUGGAUUCUUUUUUCUUCAUCGGUGGUUUGUUGGUUUCUUUAAUUGCCCUAAGAAUGAUGGACAAAACCAAGGGAAAACUAAAUGUGCCGAUGAUGUAUCUUCAUCGCCUGAUCCGUAUUGUUCCUAUCUUAGCCGUAGCUAUACUGGUGUACACAAAGCUAAUGGGUGUGGUGGCUGGAGGACCUCUUUUAAAGGAUGGAUAUAGUGACAAAUCGGAAUGUCAGAAGAGUUGGUUUUGGACCCUGCUCUUUGUGGUUAAUUACACAAAGCAUAAGUGUUUACAUCACACAUGGUAUCUGGCAGUGGAUAUGCAGUUAUUCUUAAUUUCUCCGAUCCUGUUAAUUGCUAUCUACAAAUGGGGAAAAAAGGCUGCAGCUGGAAUAUUUGUCCUGAUAGUAUUACUUUCUGGCUGCCUCUUUGCCACUAUGAUGGUCAACAACUACUCGAUGCUGAAGAAUUACAGUUCUACCGCUCGAGAGAAGAUUUACUACGCCACCCACACUCACGCUACUCCUUGGCUUAUGGGAUUUCUUUUCGGAUACUUUCUUUAUUUGAACCAGGGAAAGAAGUUUAAAUUGAGCUGGAUGGCAGUGUGGUCAGGAUGGAUUCUCUGCCUGUCCAUGAUCUUCACUUCGAUCUUUGCCCUUUAUCCGGCUAUUAAAUCGGGCGCUCCUCCUCUAUCUACCUUAGAAGAGUCCUCAUAUUAUACCCUCACCCGCUUGGGCUGGCCAAUGGCUAUUGGUUGGGUUAUAUUCGCGUGUAUCCAAGGAUAUGGGGGCUUGGCCAACAGCUUCCUGUCUUCUCCAUUGUGGCAACCUCUUUCGAGACUCUCGUAUUCCGUCUACAUCUGGCACAAAUUUAUUCAAGAAAUAAAUUCUCGAAAUAUAAGGACAAAUUCGUACUACUCGGAUUACCAAGUGAUGCUUAGAUUCUGGUCGACCUUUGGCUUCACCGUGCUGCUGGCCUACUUAAUGUAUAUUCUGGUUGAGGCACCUGUUAGCGGGCUGGAUCUAUUUUUACGACCUCAGAAAAUAGCUUUUGUUGGCAACGAUUCAAAAGCAAGUUCAGAGGAAGUGCAGCAGAAUCAGAAAGAUGAUGGGAGGACAAGAAAUUUAAAAGUUUUCAAUGGAAGGAAAACGAGCUCUCAAAUUCAAACUGAUUAGGCACUAACAUAAGUUAUAGUAUAAUUAAAAUAGAUAU